UAAAUCCAAACCCAUUCGCACUUUAAUAAGCAUCAAUUGUGCGGAUAAACUCAGGCCAUGAAAACGCGCCUAGUGUUACUUCUUUCCGUGUGCAGCAUUGUGAGUGCUUCAGACGAAUCCUGCCAAUGCUUCAGCGACCUUCCAGUGAAGUUCAAGAAAUUUUCGAAGCAUUAUGAAGGCACCGUGCUGCUGAACGGCUGCAUCAACGACAGAUCGCUGGACAAUGUGGAUGCGACCAAAAUCCAGAUCGGCUGCAAUGAUUUUGCGGAGUUGGAGGCGAAUUUCAUCAGCGACGUGGAAGAGCUGCUUGAACUAGUGGUGGGCCCAUGCAAUCUCACCAAAGUCCAGACAUGCGCCUUCAAUCGUCUGCCCAGCUUAAAAACGGUGGUGUUGAGCGAUAAUCAGCUGGCCGCAUGGCCAGGGGGGGUGUUCGAGAACGUGCCCAAUCUCCAGCAAAUCUUCUUGGACAGUAACAAGCUGCGCGUGGUGGAUGAGGACGCCUUUACCAACUUGCCCCAUCUGAAGACCGUCAAGCUCAACAACAACAAAGUUCAGAACCUCUCUAGGAAUUGGUUCAGCAACUCCACUUCACUCACUACCUUGCUCCUCAGCCACAACCGUAUUGAAGAACUACCAGUAGGAAUGUUCCUGGAACUGUCCAAACUCAACUGGCUGGACUUCAGUUGGAAUCGCAUUUCAGUGCUACACCCCACAACCUUUGAAGGCGUCGCUUCGACUGUUCUCCACCUGAACCUCGAAGGCAACCGCAUCAAGCAACUGAGUCGCAGCAUGGUGCCCUCUACCUUCACGUCGGAGCUGUCGUUGAACUUCAAUCUGCUCAACUAUCUGCCCAACAGCUUCUUCAUGCAGCUGAGAGUGCGCCGUCUCUACCUGCAAGGCAACCCUUUCACGUGUCCUUGCGAGGAUCAGAUCAACAAGCAGAUGUCCGCACUGGGCAUCUGGAGGAGGCGCAGCUUUUCCGCCUCAGCAAAAUGCAACACGAAAGUGCUGCCAACGUGUGCUGCAGUGUCCACCAACCGAUGCAUUGAGGCUGUAGAUUCAGUGGCCACCCAGCGAUUCAAUGACUACAUAAGAAGGUUGGGGUUUAGAGACACCAUGGAUUGGGCAGUCACAUGCCAACUAACCAGCUAGCUUUGUGAUAUGAAUCAAUACAGAUUUUAAAACAA